GAAGCCGCGCGUCCGCGGUGCGUAUUUAUGCAGAGCCCGGCAAGGAGCGGCCCGGCUGAGCGCGGGGCGGAAGCGCCCGGCACUGCUUCCUCCCGCCCGGUUGCAGGCGACGAGGAUGAGCCAGAGAGACACCUUGGUGCAUCUCUUUGCUGGCGGAUGUGGAGGUACAGUUGGUGCAAUUCUGACAUGUCCGCUGGAAGUUGUGAAAACCCGUUUGCAGUCCUCUUCUGUGACUCUUUACAUCUCUGAAGUCCAUCUCAACACUGUGAAUGGUGCUAGUGUCAAUCGAGUAACCAGAGUUUCUCCUGGACCUCUUCAUUGUUUGAAGAUGAUCUUGCAGAAGGAAGGUCCUCGAUCUCUCUUCAGAGGCCUGGGUCCUAAUUUAGUAGGCGUUGCUCCUUCCAGAGCAAUAUAUUUUGCUGCUUAUUCAAACUGCAAGGAAAAAUUGAACAAUAUUUUCAAUCCAGAUUCGACCCAGGUACACAUGAUUUCAGCUGGUGUGGCAGGUUUUACUGCCAUCACAACAACUAAUCCCAUUUGGCUGGUAAAGACACGAUUACAGCUUGAUGCAAGGAAUCGUGGAGAAAAGCGAAUGAGUGCUUUUGAAUGUGUCCAAAAGGUUUAUCGAUCAGAUGGUGUUAAAGGCUUUUACAGAGGAAUGUCUGCUUCCUAUGCAGGCAUAUCUGAGACUGUUAUUCAUUUUGUUAUUUAUGAGAGUAUUAAGAGAAAACUACUUGAGUAUAAGACUGCUUCUGCCAUGGACAAUGAGGAUGAAUCAGCAAAAGAAGCUUCGGACUUUGUUGGAAUGAUGAUGGCAGCUGCCACUUCCAAAACAUGUGCAACAUCUAUAGCAUAUCCCCAUGAGGUUGUACGAACAAGACUAAGAGAAGAGGGAACAAAGUACAGAUCUUUUUUCCAGACACUAUCUUUGCUUGUGCGAGAAGAAGGGUAUGGAUCCCUCUACCGUGGUUUAACUACACAUCUGAUCAGACAAAUUCCAAACACAGCUAUCAUGAUGUCAACCUAUGAAGUGGUAGUCUACUUGCUGGAUGGAUAGCAGUGUGACAAGGCUUUCUAGAAGAAGGUGGAAGAUGGAAAGACUGGAGUGGAGCACUAAAUGUCCGUGUUGAUGUGGUGGGCAAAACGAAAGUUCUAUCAGGAACAUGCAGCUAUGGACAAAAGAGAAGGGUGGGCAACUGUGAAUAAUUUGGCUGCCUUAUUGUAUGGUCUCAUGGCAGUGGGACAGAUGGGGAAGUGCCCCUUGGGGAAUGUCUUUAUACGUCUCUUAACUCAAAAUCGUUGCUUUCCUUUCAUCUGUUAAUCUACACAGGGCCAUUCAUUCAUCUUCAGAGACCUGAUGGGUAAAGGAGGGGGCAUAAAUGUGUUCUUAGGCAGCCUUAGUCACUGCUUAUUGAUUGCUCUCAACUGCAUCCUGUUUGUUCUCUUUUUACUGCACAGUAACCUGUUGCAGAAAUGGGGAAGACAGUGCUUUCAUACCCUUCCAUACCUGAAACUUCCAUUCAGUUGCUCUGAAGAUUCAUAAAGAGCCUGAGGUAGUAAUCAGCGUAUAAAGUGUUUUCCAUGUUGCUACCUCAAGACAAUAUGCCACAGGGACCCAGAACAGAGUUAUUUCUUCACUACAAAAAGUGAUGCUUAGUUUGUUUGGGUUGGUUUUGUUUGGGGGUUGGGGUUCACUUAUUUUUGUUCAGGAUUUUUUUGUGGGGUGUGUUGGGUUUUUUGUUUGGUUAAUUUUGUUUUGAAGUUUGAGCGGUGUUGUAGGCUAGUGA